GUUGUGACGUGCAACAUUUAAUGCGGCUUAUCGCUGACAACUCAGGAUAUCCGGUCAGCCAAUGCAACCAACAAGAGACAUGUCUUUGAAGCCUAUACUAGACGAAGAGUAUGCCUCGGAAGAGGACUCCGACUUCGCGCCCGAUGCAGCCCCAGCUGAAACCACAUCCGAGGCAUCAGAAUCCGAAGACGGCAGCGAGCAGCCUGCCCCAACCGCCAAGAGGAAACGCGCUGCCGACGAUGAUGCCGCCGAUGUGGGCUACGAGAACUCAGGCGACGAAGCCAUAAUAUCCAAAGGCAAAAAGCGGCAAAAGAAGGCAAAGCGGAAACAUGACGUACCUGGGGACGACGACGAAGGCGGAGACGGCGGUCUCAUCAAGACAAGAAGUAUGCGCGCCGUAGGGAAGCAAGAGCGCAAGACCGCCGCUGUGACAGGACCCAUCACGGUUGACGUUAAUGAUAUAUGGGCCAAGAUGACGGCUGGCCCGGUCGUGCCACCCAAGGCGAGCGCCGACAAGGAGAAGACGAGGCCAGAUGACAGCCGAGAACCGGCGGUGGCCAAGGAUAGGGAGAUGGAUAAGUCGCAGUUAGGCAAGCCCGGUGAAGCCGAGCCAUCAGUCAUGAUCAAAAUCAAGCGCACGUAUAACUUCGCGGGCAAGAUACACAUCGAGGAGAAGAUGGUCCCGCGCGGGUCGGCCGAAGCAGAAGUCUACCUGGCGUCACUGAGCGGCAACCCUAAGGAAGCUGCUGAUGCCGAUGGUGAUGCCGAACCGCGGAAGAAACCACGCAAGGCUUUCCGCUCCAUAUUUGAACCCAUCUCCGAAGGCUUGAUGCGGCGAGCCGACCUGAAUCUGGGCGUGGCGGCCAGAUUACAGAUGCGCGAACAGGGCAAGGCCAAGAAGCUGAACGUCGUGGAGAAGAGUCGCAUGGACUGGGCCGGCUUUGUGGACAAGGAGGGCAUCAAAGACGACCUCGAACUGGCUGGGAAGUCGAAAGAGUCUUUCGCUUCGAGACAGGACUUCUUGGCUAGAGUUGAGGCUAAGAGGGAGGACGACGCGCGGAGGGCUCGAAUGGCUGGGCGUGCUUGAGGGUGCGACUCGCAAGUGUUUUGGCAAAUUACUGUUAUUGAUUGCAGGGAAAGGAACAAGCAUCGUGUUCGCAAAGCUGGAGUUACGGGAUAUUGAUACCAUCCGGGAAAUUGAGGGUCAUCGAUACAUCUCAUGGUGGUAAGGUCUUGAGAACAGAAGUUGACAUAAGCCUAGGGUUUAAAUUCUCCAUGCUCUGAUCUCAAGCGAACAUGUCACUUGUAAAUCUGCGGAAGUGUUCCAACAACCAGUUUACCAAUCCCAGCAAUUUGAACUUGACGUUUACAGAGCCGGGGUGCAGAAUCCCCGGCCCAAGUGGACCUGGGCAGGGUGCCAUGCUGACUGGCCAAUUAGUUCCGAUUUCUUAUGCGUGAC